CCUUGGCGUAACCGAUGAGCUCUUUCCUUUCCAAAAGCUUUUCCGUUUAUAUGGAAAUUCAUUCAAAUCAAUCUCUGUUGCUGAUUUUUGUCUUGUCGCUUGCUGAGUUUUAAAUCCCAACUUCAGCCUCCUACCAUAUCAGAUUUCUCCGUCAGAUCCAAAUUCAUAUACCUAGGAUUCGUAUAUAUACGCUUCUUGUACGCCUACUGCAGUGGGCUGCGAUGGAGAGCUUACCAACAACGACAAAAUCAGAGAGGCGAUGGAGAUCGAAGCCUCUGCAGAGCUCGAAACCAUCUCUAGUCAUGGCUUUCUUCUCUUGCCUUGCUUGGCUCUAUGUUGCUGGACGAUUGUGGCAAGAUGCGGAGAAUAGAACAUUGCUUACUAGUCUUCUCAAGAGGAAUUCAGCCAAGAGACCAAAAGUUCUCACUGUUGAAGAUAAGCUAGUUGUCCUAGGAUGCAAAGAUCUGGAGAGGAGGAUUGUGGAGGCAGAGAUGGAAUUGACCUUGGCAAAGAGUCAAGGAUACCUCAAGAACCAGUUGCCGCAAAGUGGGUCUUCUUCAGAUCGAAAGCUUCUUGCAGUAAUUGGAGUAUAUACUGGAUUUGGCAGUCGCUUAAAUCGAAAUAUGUUUAGAGGGUCAUGGAUGCCUAGAGGUGAAGCCUUGAAAAAACUUGAGGAAAGGGGAGUAAUAAUACGUUUUGUGAUUGGUCGAAGUGCUAAUCGAGGUGAUAGCUUAGAUCGUAUUAUUGAUGAUGAAAAUAGCUCAACAAAGGAUUUCUUGAUUCUUGAGGGUCAUGAGGAGGCACAAGAAGAAUUGCCAAAGAAAGCAAAAUUCUUCUUUAGCACAGCAGCACAAAGUUGGGAUGCAGAAUUCUAUGUGAAAGUUGAUGACAACAUAAAUCUUGAUCUUGAGGGGUUAAUUGGAAUCCUUGAACGCCGUCGUGGUCAAAAUAGCUCUUAUAUUGGGUGCAUGAAGUCAGGGGAUGUGAUAUCUGAAGUGGGAAAGCAAUGGUAUGAACCUGAAUGGUGGAAAUUUGGGGAUGAGAAAACGUACUUCCGACAUGCAGCUGGGGCACUUUUAAUACUUUCCAAAAAUUUGGCUCAGUAUAUUAACAUAAACAGCGCAUCUCUAAAGACUUAUGCUCAUGAUGAUGUAUCCAUCGGUUCUUGGAUGAUGGGCGUUCAAGCAACCUAUAUAGAUGAUAAUCGUUUUUGUUGUGGUAGCAUCAAACAAGACAAAGUUUGUUCUGCAGCAUGAUCAGAAGAUAGGAGAUGGCUUAUCUUUUAUCAGGAUUCACAUCCUAUCAUCAUACCAUUUUGCAUGGGAAGCAUACUAGACAUUCAUAGAGAUGCAGUUGAUAUAUAUAUAUAGGGUUCACAAUGGAUGAUGGUAUGCAUCUCUUUGUUGGAUCCCCUUCUAGUCAGGAUCCUCGUGCACUGACUAGAUGAUUCUUUUUAGAUGCCAAUUCUUUUAAGAUGAGCAUAGGCUAAUGAACUCCAAUUGCGCCAACUUUUGGCUUACAACUUCCCUUUAUAUAUUUUGUUGAGAUGCUUACAUGUUAUGUAAUCAACAGGGCAUCUUGUUUUUGCUUACAUGUUAUGAUGUUUUCCUGUAUAUUAGUUGUUUGUAAUGAUAAUUAGAGUUUGAGCUUUUGAUUUUGCCUGCA